GAAUUUCCAAUCAAUUCUAAUUUGGUAUCAGACGCAAGUUUCUUCUUCCUCCCAUGGCUUCCGCCAAAUCCCCGUCUUUUCACCCCGCUCUAGCUCUUACAAACAUCAAAAGUUUUAUACCCAUUACUCUUGAUCUCGAGAAUGUGGAGUACGCCUCCUGGGCCGAACUUUUUAAGAUCACAACCCGUGCCUACCAGGUUGAAGAUCACAUCUUCCCCGUUGAGGCCGAUACUUCGGCUGCCUCCACCUCUACCACGUCUCCUCCAGACCUAACCCCAGAACAAAUCAUUGCCGCUGCCGCCGCCAAAGCCGAAUCCGAUGCUCUAUGGAAACGACUUGAUGCGAUGGUGUUACAAUGGAUUUAUGGGACUGUUUCCCAUGAUCUCUUGCACACUAUUCUCGAGCCCGAUUCUACUGCCAAAGAAGCUUGGGAUCGUGUAGCCGAUCUUUUUCUUGACAACAAGCAUACUCGAGCACUUCAUCUCGAGACUGAAUUCUCCAAUACUCGGUUGGAGAGCUUCCCUAAUAUCUCUACCUAUUGCAAGGCCCUCAAGAACUUGGCCACAAAGUUGUCCAAUAAUGCAGAGGUCGUAUCACUUUCUCCGGUCCGUAAACUAAUUAACUUGCAGGAAAAAAUGCCAGUUUGAUAAUGAAACUCGAAUUUGCUGCUCAAAUUUCUCAGAAAAAUAAUGUCCCGCUUCUCCCUCCAACUCCAAGCUUUGAGUGAGAACCUCUCAUUUGACAGCAGUGUCACAAGCUCAAAUGACAGCUCAGUUGGAACCACAGGUUUUGAUAUUGAUCCCGUAAAAUCUAAAUCAUCUGUCGCAAGUGAUCCUCUCCGUCUCUCCCUCCAGUCUACUUUCUCAAGUCAAACUAACUUGAAUGGGUUAAACGGUUCUUUAUAUAACCUUGAUAGCGCUAAUUUGGUUCCAAAUAUUUUUAUUGAUGAUGGAGCUGCCUCCAUAUUUCAAUUCCAGAGAGGUGUGGAGGAAGCUAGAAGAUUCUUUCCUGCCAUUAAUCCAAUGGUCAUCCAUUUUGACGAUAAAUACCCAUUGGAUCUAGAGACUGAGGAAUUGAACAGUGGUACUGAUGUGAGAUUUGAGAAGGAUUAUUCAGCUGAUUCAUGUAGAGGAAUGAAGCAUUACCGUGCACAUGAAAGUGGGCUAGAUGAUGAAAAAGAAGAAGGAAGGAACAAGAAGCAGAGUGCAAUUUAUGAGGAGGAUGACUUAUCAGAAGUGUUUGAUAGGGUUUUGCUGUGUAAUGAUGAUAAUCAUGAUGAUAGUCCAUCUAUAACCGGAAAACAAUCACAAAAAGGCCGAAAUGGACGCAAGAGCCGUUCAAAUAAACAAGGAGAGAGUUGUGAAAUUCUUGACCCCCAUUCUCUUUUGAUAAGUUGCGCAGAAUUUGUUGCCGCUGCUAAUUACAGUGCUGCUGUACAACAACUAUUGAAGAUCAGGCGUUACUCUUCUCCUUCCGGUGUCGCCAAUCAAAGGGUGGCACAUGCAUUUGCUAACGGUCUUGAGGCACGGCUGGCUGGAAUUGGGGUCCAACUUUGUGCUUCAUCAUCGUUACACAAGAUGAAUCGCUUUCCAAGUUAUGCUUGCGAGUUGAUGAAGUCCCACAUGUCAUCAUCCUUGCCAUUUAUGAGGUUAUUUAUUUUCUUUGUGAAUAAAAUGAUUUAUGAAGUAGCAUUAAAAGCUACAUCACUGCAUGUUAUAGAUUUUGGCAUUCUUCAUGGUGUCCAGUGGCCAACUCUUAUUCGGGAUCUUUCAAAAAGACGCGGUGGCCCUCCAAAACUUCGAAUAACUGGGAUUGAGCUUCCUCAAUCUGGCUUUCGUCCAUCGCAAAUAUUAGUGGACACUGGUUGUCACUUGGCUAGAUAUUGCAAGCGUUUCAAUAUACCAUUCGAAUUCAAUGCCAUAACAGCAAAGAAUUGGGAGGCACUUAAGAUUGAUGACUUGAAGCUCAAACGGGGUGAGGUGAUUGCUGUUAACUGUCUUGAUCGUUUCAAAGGCAUACUUGACGAUACAACGUCUGGUGCUGACAGCCCAAGGGACGCUGUUUUAAACUUAAUACAUGAAGUAAGCCCUCAUAUUUUUGUGAAUAGUGUUGGUAGUGCACCUCGGAACUCUCCUUUCUUUGUCAAUCGGUUUAAAUCGGCUCUCUACACCUACUCUGGUGUCUUUGAUAUGCAUGACUCUAUUUUUUCACGACAUGAUAGUCAAAUGUUAAAUUUUGAACAAGCAAUAAUGGGGCCCGUCAUAACAAAUAUAAUAGCAUGUGAGGGUGUGGAAAGGAUAGAGAGGCCUGAGACAUACAAACAGUGGCAUAGUCGCACAUUGAGGGCUGGGUUCAAGCCUAUGCCCUUGAACCUUGAACUCGUGAAGGAGUUAAGAGUCAAGGCGCGGGAAGCAUAUCACAAAGACUUUAUGUUUGCCGAAGACGGUCAUUGGGUGCUACAAGGGUGGAAAGGUCAGGUUUUUUCCGGUAGCUCUGCCUGGGUAACUGACAAUCGCUGAUUGACUGUACAGUACAUCAGCGAACUUUACAUUUCAUGAAACAUUGCAUCUAAGAGCAGGGGAAACGUUCCAAUGUUCCAUAUAUCAUGCCUUUCUAUAUCUGCAACUUAAAAUUUCUGUUUUCGGAAUCAGCGUUUUGGAAAUUUCAUUGCUUUUCAUUUUUAAUUUUUUAUGGGAUUUCUGGAUGAGAUUGGGAUCCAGGGGCGUAUUUAAUUUAUGUAAUUUUUCAUAGCUGCAUGGUCUUUGUGAUAUUUCAU